AUGUUCCCUAUAUCGCACAUCGUGGCGCUGGUCGGAGAUCCCACGUAUCUUCCCUGCGACAUAUCAACCACCGAUGAAGGGGACUCGGUGCGUCUUGUGCUCUGGUAUCGCGAGGAUCUCGGUACACCGGUUUACAGCGUCGACACAAGGCAUCGAGACUUCAGGAUCGCCGAAACAUGGUCGCACGACUCGGUGUUCUCGAACCGGGCGUUAUUCAUGCCGGACAAAAAUCCAGCGGAGCUCGGCGUCGACCAGAUAAGGGAGGAAGACGCGGGCGUCUACAGGUGUCGUGUCGAUUUCCAGAUCGGCCAGACGCGCAAUUCCAAAGUCAAUUUAACGGUGAUAGUUCCGCCGCACCAAAUCGUGAUCGUCGAUGACUCCGUAAUCGCACGGAACUCGAUGGUGGGCCCGUACAUGGAGGGCGACACUCUGCGGCUCUACUGCGACGUGUACGGCGGUAAACCGACCCCCAAGGUGUCCUGGCACCGUAACGACACGCUCGUCAACGACAAAACCGUGACCGUGCGGAACGGCGUGACGCGGAGCGAGCUCGUUAUCAAAAAUUUGGGACGUGACGACGUGCACUCGGUGCUGACCUGCAACGCGACGAACAACAAUAGGUCGAUCCCGCUAUCGUCCUCCGUUUACGUGAACAUGACUUUCGGCCCGCUGGACGUGAAGAUAAUCGGGGCGAACCAGCCACUGUCGGCGGGCAAGAGGUACGAGCUUGUGUGCUUGACUUCCGGUUCUAUGCCGCCGGCCAUGGUCACCUGGUGGAGGAACGAGCAACGUUUGGUGGGCUCCAAGGAGACCAGUUCUGGCGAUGGGAACACGACCACCAGUAUCUUGCCGUUCACGGCGACCAAGGCAGAUGAUGGCAGACACUUGUCGUGUCGGGCUGAAAAUCCAAUCAUGGGAACCGAGCCGAUAGAGGACGGCUGGAAGCUCGAGAUACAGUACACGCCGGAGACCAGGAUACAACUGGGCACGUCCCUCAAUCCGAACGCGAUACGAGAGGGCACCGACGUUUACUUCGACUGUCUGAUACAAGCCGAACCACUGGUGUAUAAGGUGGAGUGGCGGCACUUGGGUAAAACUCUCCAUCACAACAUCACACAGGGUAUCAUUAUUAGCAAUCAGAGUCUAGUGCUGCAGGGUGUCGACCGUAAAAGCGCGGGUAAUUACACCUGCGUCGGGUACAACACCGAAGGAGACGGGGAAAGUUCUCCGUUCUACUUGAACGUGAUGUUCGCGCCCACCUGCAAACCGAAUCAGGCGAAGGUCCACAGCGUGGCGAAACAAGAAAAGGCAAACAUAUCCUGCCAAGUGGACGCGAACCCGUCCGAGGUGAAAUUCCGUUGGACCUUCAACAAUUCCGCCGAGAGUAUCGACGUGGCCUCCGGUCAUAUCGCCCGGGCCGGCACAUCCUCGAUCGUCUCGUACACACCCAUGACCGAAUUGGAUUACGGCACGUUGCUCUGCUGGGCGAACAAUCGAAUUGGAGAUCAACAAGUGCCCUGCGUCUAUCACAUCAUACCGGCCGGUCGACCGGAUAUGGUUCACAAUUGCACCACCUCGAACACAUCGACGAACUCGUUCUCGGUGCGUUGCGCGGAGGGUUUCAACGGCGGGCUGCAGCAGUCCUUUCUGCUGGAGGUCCGAGAGAGCAACAGCCAGGAGCUAAGGGCGAAUCUGACGUCCACCGUGCCACGUUUCAGCGUCACUCAUCUGGAGGCAGGCGCCCUUUACCAGGCGUGCAUAUACGCCUACAAUGAGAAAGGCCGGAGCGAAGCGAUGGUUGUGCAGGCGGGCACCCUCAGGCUGCCCGAAAAACAAUUAACGUCCGAUUCAGAACGACCCAGGCAGAAUAUCAGGCUGAUGCCGAUGCUGAGCGUGAUGAUCGGCGUGGUGGCCGCGCUGAUCAUCGUCGCUGUGAUCGUGAUGAUCGUGCUCAGAAUUCAGCACACCCAGGUCGACGAGCAGAGCAAGUCGCAGAUGGAGGACCACGGCAAACAAACGAAAACGAUCCCGAUCCAACGGGAGCUCAGGUUCCGUGAGGCGAGCAGCCUACUUUCCGACGAGAAACACCCGAGCAGCCCGUUCAGAAAGCUCGAGAGCAGCGGUGACAUAAGCGAAAACGACGAGAAGAACCCGGACAUCAUACCUCAGCAGAUCACCGGCGACGAGCCAUCUGAAUACUUGAGGAAGCGACGCCUGGUCUCGACGAUCGAGACAUCGCCAUCGAGAAGUUUGUUGGAACACUCGACGGUCACUUCCGUCAGUGGUCACGGCAGUUACGUCGGUUAUUGCACUCUUCGCAACGGCAUGCCGCUCCACGAAUUCUCGAAUCUGGCGACGAAACAUAAAAGCUUCCAGCCAAUAGUUGGUGACGUCUACGAGACCGGGGUUUGCACUCUGCCGAGGCAACACUGGCCGAGCCAAAGUGUUCAAUCGAUGUCGAUGACGAUGAGCCCGCCGAUGCUGUACGGUGGUCUAGGUGUUGUAGCCAGGACCUGCCCAAGCGGCAGCCUGCUAGCAAAGGACGUGGAGGCGAGGAUCCCCGGCCAGUGUUGCAUCCAGUCGCAGAAAGACGGAAAGAUCAGCACGCCGAUCGUGAUGGCGAAAAGGGAGAGCUCCGUGUGA